ACCCCCGGAAGCACCGCCCCUCCAAAGUCACUUCCGCCGGCUCCAGCGCAAGCUAUUCUCGCGAGAAUUCAGAGCGCUAUGUGACCUGGGUUAAGCGGAAGUCGGGCCUCUUUUUCGUGACGCCUCCUAGGCGGUCGGCUGUGUCAAGAUGAAGCUGAACAUCUCCUUCCCUGCCACUGGCUGUCAGAAACUCAUUGAAGUAGAUGAUGAACGCAAGCUUCGUACGUUCUAUGAGAAGCGUAUGGCCACAGAAGUAGCUGCUGAUGCUCUUGGUGAAGAGUGGAAGGGCUAUGUGGUCCGGAUCAGCGGUGGGAAUGACAAACAAGGUUUUCCCAUGAAGCAAGGCGUUUUGACCCAUGGCAGAGUGCGCCUGCUGUUGAGUAAGGGGCAUUCUUGUUACAGACCAAGGAGAACCGGAGAGAGGAAACGCAAGUCUGUUCGAGGAUGCAUUGUGGAUGCUAAUCUAAGUGUUCUCAACUUGGUUAUUGUAAAGAAAGGAGAAAAGGAGAUUCCUGGGCUGACAGAUACUACUGUGCCUCGUCGGUUGGGACCUAAAAGAGCUAGUAGAAUCCGAAAGCUUUUUAAUCUCUCCAAAGAAGAUGAUGUCCGCCAGUAUGUUGUCAGAAAGCCCUUAAACAAAGAAGGUAAGAAGCCCAGGACCAAAGCACCCAAGAUUCAGCGUCUUGUUACUCCACGUGUCCUGCAACACAAACGCCGACGUAUUGCUCUGAAGAAACAACGCACUAAGAAAAACAAGGAGGAGGCUGCAGAAUACGCUAAACUUUUGGCCAAGAGACUGAAGGAAGCCAAAGAAAAGCGCCAGGAACAGAUUGCCAAGAGACGUAGGCUGUCCUCGCUGAGAGCUUCUACUUCUAAAUCUGAAUCCAGUCAAAAAUAAGUCUUUAAGAGUAACAAAUAAAUAAUUGUUGAAUCUUUUUCA